AUGGCGGCUUCCCUAACUCUGUUCUUGCUCUUCGCAGUGCUACGUGCAAACCAAGCUAUAGCUGAAAAGAAUGAUGCCACCAUCAUUCGUCUGGGCUCUUGGCUCUCCCCAAAAUCAAAUUCUACUUCAUGGGUGUCAAGCUCUGGUCAUUUCGCCUUCGGCUUUUAUCCACAAGGUAAAGGCUUUGCUGUUGGGAUAUGGCUUAGGGAUGAGCCUGAGAAUACAAUUGUAUGGACGGCUUAUCGCAACAGUCCACCACUAUCAUCUACAUCAGUGAUUGUCUUAGAUAAAGAUGGCCCAGUUCUGCUUCGUAACGAGACAGGGAAAAGAACACCCAUUACUAAUUCGUCGUUUAAAGUGCCUGCAUAUUCAGCUUCUAUGUUUGAUUCAGGCAAUUUCGUGAUUUACGAUAAAAAUCAAAGUGUUAUCUGGCAAAGCUUCGAUCUACACACCGAUACCAUAUUAGGAGGUCAAAUUCUAUCUUCUGGGCAAAAUCUGGUCUCUUCUUUGUCCAAAUCCGACCACUCGAGCGGAAACUUCAUUCUCGUCAUGCAGGAUGAUGGGAAUCUUGUGGCCUACCCUGUGAACAAUCGAAGGAUGGAUGAUGCUUACUAUGGCACACAGAUUUUUGGGUAUGUCUUACUUACCCUUAAUGUAAAAGGCUUUCUUUGCCUGGUUGAUGAUAGGAAUAGGACCUUACGGGUUCUGGGCCAUAGCAACGUUCAUGGGCAGAACACAAGCCUAAUCUACCGUGCAACACUUGAUGUGGAUGGGAUAUUUAGACUGUACGUGCACAGAUUUGAGAGGAAUGCCAAAUCAAGUGUUCAUAUUGUGUGGCAGAAUCUUUUUGAUCAAUGUGAUGUAAGGGGUUUUUGUGGCUUCAACAGUUAUUGCUCCUCGGUCGCUGGCAAAGGUGUAUGUCAUUGUUAUCCUGGAUUCACGCCCAUCAAUGGGAAUCAAAGCAUGUUCUUGGACUGUGAACAAACCCACAAAUAUGAAUGUAAAACCAGUGAAUAUCCAAGGAUGCUCUACAAUUUUGAUCCCUUGCAAGAUUUGCAGCUGAAGAACAUUGUUCCUUAUUGGGUUGAGCCCAUGAAAAUGGAAACUUGCAGGCAGGCUUGCCAGGAAGACUGUGACUGUGCAGCAGUGUUAUAUGAAAGAGGUAACUGCAAUAAGUUUAAGCUUCCCCUUAGAUUUGGUAGAAUUAAGCAAAAUUCAUCAAACACGGUAUUCAUCAAGUCACCUUCAGGAAACGCCAUUAUUCCAAAUCCAGAGAAGCCAGCGAUGAUUCAUGUUGAUGACAAGAAAGAUCUUAUUUUGACUUUGCUCCUCACUCUGGGUUCAAUUUCAUUCCUUUGCUUCACUAUUGCCACCUCCAUCAUCUUUGUUUACAGGCGCAAGAUCCAUUCAUACACAAAGCUAUCUACGAGUGCGAAUCUGCGAUUCACUGAGGACUGUAGUCUACGAACAUUUUCUUUUGAUGAAUUGGUGAAUGCAACAAGAAACUUCACAGAAGAGGUUGGUAGAGGAUCUUUUGGAGUGGUCUACAAGGGGACAAAUCAAGGAAAUAACAAAAGGAUAGCUGUGAAGAAACUAGACGUUGUUGCUGAUGAAGGAGAAAGGGAAUUUCAAGCUGAAAUCACUGCAAUUGCUCGAACUCAUCACAGAAAUCUAGUUCAGCUCAUUGGUUAUUGUAUUGAUGAUUCAAGAAAGCUCCUUGUGUAUGAAUACAUGAGUAAUGGAUCUCUAGCAGAUUUUCUGUUCAAGUCUGAGAUGCAUCUAUCUUGGAAACAAAGAGUCAAAAUUGCAUUGGAUGUAGCAAGGGGAGUCCUAUAUCUGCACGAAGAGUGUGAAGUUUGCAUCGUCCACUGCAAUAUCAAGCCUCAAAACAUUCUCUUAGAUGAAAGGUGGGUAGCAAAAAUAUCAGAUUUUGGCCUUGCAAGGCUAUCAUCAUUGCCAGAACAUUCAAGAAUGAGAAGUACCAGUGAAUUGACAAGUGGCUAUGUGGCACCUGAACGGCAGAAAGAUGCAUCAACAUCGGUAAAAGUUGACAUUUAUAGCUAUGGCGUGGUGCUGUUAGAGAUCAUAUGUUGUAGAAGGAAUAUAGAUGUGAAUGUUCCUUCAGAAGAGGAGAUUAUGCUUUCAACUUGGGUAUAUAAUUGCUUUGUUAGAGGGGAAUUGAAGAAACUCGUAUCAGUGGAUGAAGAUGUAGAAUGGAUGACAUUGGAAAGAAUGGUGAAAGUGGCUUUAUGGUGCGUCCAAGAGGACUUAUCCCUACGUCCUUCCAUGAAGAAUGUGAUACUGAUGUUGGAAGGGUUGAAACAUAUUCCAAUUCCUUUGUCUCCAAUCCCACUUGCUUCGUAA